AAUACAACCCACCUGACAGGUUACGACAGAAGUUGACAGAGGCUUCCGAGACACGCCCAGGAGUUGACAAUGGCACCCUAUCUCUCCCUAACUACCCUGUUGUCCGAUUUUCUCAGCACCCUUCGGCCAUCCGUGGACGUUGACGGCUUUUCCCGGCGUCACGUCACCUCCUGAUCGACCAAGAUCUUCGGCCUUCCCAAGAGCCCUGGGCGUCCCAGCUCGGGGUCUGAGACGAUGGCCAUGUCCGGAGACGACCUGACGGGCCCCGAUCGUCCCCCUUCGGCCCCCCGGGCCAAGGCAUCAAAGAGCUUCAGGUUCCACCAGCACGGCACCAUGCAUCACAGGGCGCCCGCCAUCAAAGUUUGGGCCGUUGAACUAUGGAAGAGGGCGCCGGGGUGAGGCAGCGGCCGUUUCCGCCGCAAACGCCACAUCGCAAAGCUACCAUUCCGGUGGUGUGCCUUUCCUUUGUGUUCAUUCCGACCUCGAGCUUGUUAUGCUUGUUCGGAAGCUUGGCUCUCUUGCGCUGUCCUGACUUUUGGCAUCACGAUCAUUCGGUCGUUGUCGUAAGGGCCCUCGUCUGCCCACUGCCUGCCAACCAAGAGUACCGGCUAUAUUGAGGACUGAAGUGUCGCCUAGUCACCUAACCUUACAUGUUGCCUUCCAAUGGCAACUGGAGGCAUGCUGUCGACGAUGACGUGCAACCCAUCUGUCGGACACUUGCUAUCGGCGGACCGUCUAUACAGUGGAAUGAGAACUCUGCUGGCAUCGCUUGCCAACUGGACAGUUUUUCAGGACACGGCUCUUAAAUCCAUCGGAUUGGUUCUUUUCGAUUUAACCGAGGGAAAACAAACUUCCGGGACCUCUUCACGGCAGUUGGAAACGCUGUUAUGCCCUGGCAGAUUUCGUCGACCUUUGUAAUCACAAUCUGACGUCUCCAGGCUCCGUCCCUCUCGGCCGACAGACAGUACGAUCAUUCUGGAUCUCCCGGCCGCAGAAGCCGCGCGCAGCGCCAAGCAAGCACCUUCCUGUCGCUCAACCCCCAAAUGUCCCACAGCUCGCUUCUCGGCCAAGUAGAGGGGUGGCUGGCUGAGGGUAUCACCUCUUCACUGAAUCGCGGAUGAUCAAGUCGUCUAGGUUCAAUGGUAACCAUCGCCGCGAAACCCAAUCACGGUGUCGUACUUGGAUUAACGAUGCUCAGUUCAUCAAAGCUACUCACUCACCUUACGUACAGGUAUCUUGACUCUUGAGUCUUUGGGAUCAUCAACCUUUGUACCCAAAGGGUCGAUGAUCGAUAACAUGAUUCGCCGCCCCUGUCGCUGCCUUCCCGAUAGUUCCCUACGUCGCGGCUCAGCAGUUCUUUGCUACCAUCGCACAGAUUCAAGCGCCUUAGGGCUGUGCCAGCACCGAUGGUUUUCCGGCCUGCACCGCCUUCCGGGCGACUGAACAUUGGAUGACACGGAGGGAAUCUGGCUGGUUUGCAAGAGAGCUAAGCCUCGGAAGCACGUUUCCAUCUACUGCUACAGUUUUAACAUUAGACAUAACCACCUCCAAUCUUUGUCAAGCCGGUACAGCGGCUUCACUUCGUAAUCGCACAGAAAGGAACCACUAGUAUCCGGCCCUCACAAUGACUCUCUGCCGGCAGGCUCAUGGUGCGCCCCAAGUUCCAACUGCGCGGCUCUAAACUUUGGGCGGACCCAGCUCACCUCGAUGGCGGCCGGCAGCACGUCUGCAAUCCUUGAACUACUUGAUCAACCAAUAUCAUCGUCUCAUCAUCAGUGACAAGCCUUACUCCGUUCCGUGCGUUCCGCAACUCUCGGAACCAUCACCAAGCGAGACCAACCGUCAUCCACUUGUAGGGAUAGCGCCGCGUCAACCCCCAUGGGCGGUUCACGCUAGCGAUUCAACUUCACUUGCCGAUCCCACUUGCCGAAGUCAAGAUGCUCCAGCUGCCUUGGCGGCAUCGAAACACCCCUCGAGAUUGCAACUGAGCUGGCCUAAUUGGCCUUUUCAAGCCAGCUGAGCCAGGGCAUUUAAUCGGGGCACGUGGAGCUUGCGACGAACCAAGUGGAGGCCUUCCCCGGGAUUGCGGGGGCGGAAGAGCGCGGAGAAUCUGGGGGAGACACAGCGGCUAAGCGGAAGCGGAGGCGGAGGCGGAUGAGAUUGAGAGAAUUCUUCUUGUCGUACAAAGCGUUCUUCAAGGUUGUCGACUGAGUCUCUCGAUUUCGGAAUUCGACUUCACGAGUGAGGGCCCAACGACAUCUGGCAUGCUUUCGCCGAGGCUGAUCUCCCGUUGCAAUCGAUGGCCACGACUCUCGGCAUGAUGGGCGUCUUUGAUACCACCCAGUCCACAUUUGGAGGAGAAGAGCCCCCAAUCUUGUCGACGUGCGCUGCAUUCAGUACAACCUUGCUGACGGGGUAUCAUUCCUUACCCCGCAGGAAAUUCCACUUGGAAGGGUACCCAAAGACGACAAGGAGGGUGCGGCAAUGCCAAAGCUGCAGCAAGCCCCCCCCAACAGAUUGGCUGCCCGGCAUGCUUGACGGUAUCGAAGCAAAGCUAGGGACAUGAUUCGGCAUUUCAGCCGGGGUCCUGACUGCACCAUGCAGUGCUGACCUUUUGAAUUUAAAUAGAUGGCCAUCGUCGUCGUCGUCGUCGUCGUCCUCGUGGUCAGGUAGUGGAUCUCGUCACCUCGUUCUCUGAUCACUAGGGGCCGACUUCGACGACUUCAACGACAUAACUCGUGGCCUGGAAGGGGAAAAGCCGGGUUACUCUUCAACACUCCGCCGAGGGCGUCUGCAAAAUCUUUACCUCUUUGAACCCAACCCCUCUUCGUCACUUGAAUCAAGGGGAGUUCGUUCCGCCAUGUCUUCCACCGAGAAAGAUUCCACCGAGAAAGACGUGCCCCAGGGUACCCAUAUCGAAGGCGCGGCUGCUGAGGACCACUCCAUUAGCGCCGCCCCUGUCCACGACGGGAUUCACAACGCAGCUGGAAAGGGCCAGGUCGCAACAGACAAAUAUGGUCAUCCCCUCGUCGAAUUCGACCCUGUAGCUGUCCGCAAACUCCGUUGGAAGCUCGAUUUGUACACCAUUCCUACAGUGGCCCUACUGUACCUCUUCUGCUUCAUCGACCGUGCCAACAUCGGAAAUGCCAGAAUCGCCGGCCUCGACAAGGACCUUGGUCUCCAGGGUUACGACUACAAUAUCAUCCUCUCCACUUUCUACGUCUCAUACAUCAUCUUCGAGAUCCCUGCCACGGUCGCUUGCAAGUGGAUGGGCCCCGGCUGGUUCCUGCCUGUCACCACGCUCCUGUUCGGUAUCGUCUCCAUCGCCACGGCCUUCGUCCACAACCGUGCCGCCAUCUGUGGCGUGCGCUUCCUGCUCGGCAUCUUCGAGGCCGGCAUGCUGCCCGGCAUCGCCUACUACCUCUCCCGGUGGUACCAGCGCGCCGAGCUGACGUUCCGUCUGUCGCUGUACAUGGUCAUGGCGCCCCUCGCCGGCGCGUUCGGUGGUCUUCUGGCCUCGGCCAUCCUCACCCUUGAUUCUUUCGGUAGCCUUCACCGCUGGCGGAUGAUCUUCGCCAUUGAGGGAAUCGUCACCAUCCUACUGGCCCUCAUCUCCUUUAUAACCCUCACCGACCGCCCUGAGACGGCGCGUUGGCUGACGCAGGAGGAGAAGGACCUCUGCAUCGCCCGCGUCAAGUCGGAGCGCGUGGGCGCCACCGAGGUCAUCGAUAAGAUCGACAAGACGAAGCUGAAGCGCGGCAUGUUCAACCCCGUCACCCUCGAGAUCGCCGUCAUCUUCCUGUUCAACAACAUCACGGUGCAGGGCCUGGCCUUCUUCCUCCCGACCAUUGUCGCCAACAUUUACCCGACCUUCUCCACCGUCCAGAAACAGCUGUACAGCGUACCCCCUUAUGCAGCCGGAGCCUUCUUCACCCUCGCCUUCCCCGCCCUGAGUUGGUACCUUGAUAGGCGCCAAGUGCUCAUCGCCCUGAGUGCGCCGAUGGUCAUGUGCGGAUACAUCAUGUUCCUCGCGUCCAAGGUGGCCAGGGUCCGCUACGGAGCGACGUUCCUCAUCGCCAGUUCGGCCAUGGUUAUGGGGCCCAUGUCCAACGCCCACAUCAGCGCCAACGUCGUCAGCGACACGGCGCGCAGCAGCGCCAUCGGUCUCAACGUCAUGUUCGGCAACAUCGGCGGCCUCAUCUCGACAUGGAGCUACCUCGGCUGGGACGCGCCCGACUUCCACAUCGGCAACGGUCUCAAUCUCGGCGCCUCGAGCAUGAUCUUGAUUCUGGCCACGGCCGCCUGGUUCUGGAUGAAGUGGGACAACAAGCGCCGCGACGACCUCAGCAUCGAGGAGGAGCUGGCGGGUCUAUCGGAGCAGGAGGUCCGAGACCUGGACUGGAAACAUCCUGCUUUCCGCUGGAGGACCUGAGGGAGCGAUGAUGGGCAAGGAUGUAGAACUGUCGUCGUUGUUGUUAUUGACUAGCAGCCUAUAAGGUUGCUUGCUUGCUGGGGUUAACUAGAGCUAUUACGAAUACUACGAUACUUGGGCUUUUUUUGUGUUUACACCACGUCGAUCCCAAGCGGAUCAGACCUCGCUUUCUCUUC